AUGUUUAAACGUAAAUCUAAUUCACCACCACCUCCAAAACCUUUAACCUUUAACAAAAUGUUACAAGAUUUGAAACAAUUACAACUUUACCAAGAACAACAAUUAAGUUCGACUACUACAAAAGAUGAAAAUUAUGUUGAUGACAUUUUGGAUUUAAUUGACGAAUUAGAGAUUAAUCCACCACCAACAAUAUCUUCAUUACUAAGUCAACUCAAUUCGCUGUAUUCUUCAGCAAUGGCAAAUACAACAGAAGAAAAAGAAACAGCAAUUGAAUCAACAUAUGAUUUAUGUACAAAUUUCAUAAAUAUAAAUGAUUAUUUGAAUAGUUCUAGACCUCAAUUAGAUAGUUUGGGAUUAGAAAUUGAAUCAAUCAGAAAGGAAGUAACUGAGAUGAUUGACAUAUUAAACAAUGUUGUAGAAGAUCAGGAUGAUGUUGAUAAAGAUGUGGUAGAAGACGUUGAUGAUGAUGAUAUUGUUGGUGGUGGUGGUGGUGGAUAUAAUCAAAGGUUGAAGGGAGAGAAAGAAAAUUUGAAGAAAAAGAAGGCGGAGGAAGAUAAAGAAAAUAUUAGAGACGGUGAUGAUGAUGAUAAUGAUGACGAUGAUGAGGGAGGAUGGAAAACCGAUUGCAGAGCUGUGGGUAUAACUGUUAAAGUUGAAGGAGAAGAGUAUCUCGAUGUUAAACCAGCAAUUUUUAUUUGUAAUCAUCAGGCAACUGCUGAUCUCUUGGUUUUGGGAAAAGUUUUUCCAAAAAAUUGUACAGUUAUCGGCAAAUCAUCCUUAAAAUAUGUUCCUUUUCUAAACUUGUACAUGAAACUUGGUCAAGGAAUAUUUCUUGAUCGUAAAAAUCAUCAAAAUGCAACAAGCGUUUUUAUUUUUCCUGAAGGUACACGCGCUCGUUUACAAGAAGCUGAUUUACUACCAUUUAAAAAGGGUGCAUUUCAUAUGGCCGUAAGAGCCAAAAUUCCAAUUGUUCCAAUUGUUGUUGGAAAUUAUAGUCAUCUUUAUGAUUCAAAAAGAAGAUUAUUUAAAAGUGGCGAAUUUCGAGUCAGAGUUUUACCACCAAUUGAUACAUCAAAUAUGAAUGAGGAUGAUAGAGAUGAAAUUAAUAAUCUUACAAAUCUUACGCGUGAAGAGAUGUUAAGAACAUUAAAAGAUAUAUAA